AAAUCCGACACAAUGGCCGCCGCUCUGCCCAACAUUUCCUCGGACCUGAUCUGGGAGGUCGUCCGAACCAACAACAGCUACCUCCACAAGACCGGUGCUUCCAAGAAUGGCGGCGUCCAGUUCUCUCGCGACCCUCUUAACCUGAAGAACGUCCACAGCCGAAAGUACGCUGGCUUCGUCAACGACAAGGCUGUCGGUGUCCUCCCCAACGAGAAGGGCGGCGUCGUUGUCGUCACCAAGAAGGCUUCUGCCACCGCCCAGCCCGCCAAGUCUGUCGUCAAGACCACCAUUGGCGGCGGCAAGUCCACCCGCAAGACCUACAAGGCCGUUGCCAGCCAGGUCGCCAAGACCGGCUACCGCCCUGACCUCCGCGCCGCCGCCGUCGAGCGUGCCUCUGCCAUCCGCCACUCCCAGCUCCCCGUCAAGGCCGACCCCGAGCCCAAGCUGAGGGGCAAGAAGGCCAAGGCCGCUGCCGCCGGCGAGUCCUAAACAGGAUUGAGAGGAUGAGGGGGGGGACGAGGGAAGUUGCAGUUGGGAGUUGGCUGGGGCUGGGAGUAGGGAUCUGACGACGGACCUGCCUUGGAGGUCUCGCUGUUCACGGCCGGAGCUGCAGCCGAAUCCCGAAACCGGUCGAGCUGAAUCAAAAACA